CCCAGCGAAGGUUUUCUUCGGGCUCUGCGCCCUCGAGGAAGCGCUGGCCCGGCGCUCGGGGGUGCGCUCCCUCCUCGUCUUCGUCCUCACCAUGUUCCCCAGCGCUGUCGCCGCCACUUCGACGCCCUUCUCCGUCAAGGAUAUCCUGAGCCUGGAGCAGCAGCAACAGCAGCCGCCUCCGCCGGGUGGCGUGGGCUUGGCUUCGCUGGAGCUGCCGGCGGCGCUGGGCUCGGCCCCGUCCUGCAUGCUGGCCGCCGCCUUCAAGCAGGAGGCCUUCGUCGCCGAGGAGGAGCUGCCCGAGGCCGCCAAGAGCGCCGCCGCCUUCCCCGGGGGCUUCUUCGGCAAGAGCUACGCCGACAUGGACGCCGCCGCCGAGCCCAAAGCCGGCAAGAAAGCGUCGGAGUCGUGCGCCCUGCAGAAGGCCCUGGACGCGGAGAAGCGGGCCCCGGGGGAGGCGGCGGUGGCGGCGGACGAGGAGAGUGCGUGCCGCGCAAGGCCGCGGAAGCGCCGCAAGCCGCGGGUGCUGUUCUCGCAGGCGCAGGUCUACGAGCUGGAGCGGCGCUUCAAGCAGCAGAAGUACCUCUCGGCGCCGGAGCGCGACCACCUGGCCUCGGCGCUCAAGCUCAGCUCCACGCAGGUCAAGAUCUGGUUCCAGAACCGGCGCUACAAGUGCAAGCGGCAGCGGCAGGACCAGAGCCUGGAAAUGGUGGGCCUCCACCCCGCCGCCCCGCCGCCCCCGCCCCGCCGCAUCGCCGUCCCCGUCCUGGUCCGCGACGGAAAGCCCUGCCUGGGGGACGCCGCCGCCUCCGCCUCGCCCUACGCCUCGCCCUACAGCGCCGUCGCCCUCGGGCCCUACGGCUACGGCGCCUACCCGCCCGCCGCCGCCUACGGGAACUACGGGGGCUCCGCCUGCAGCGCUGCAGGGUACAGCUGCAGCUACCCGGCCGUCCAGGCCAGCGUCCAGGCCUCGGGAUCCGGAGGCGGCGGAGGCGGAGGCGGCGGGAACUUCGUGAACUUCGGCGUGGGGCCCGAGCUGAACCUGAACCUGAGCCCCGCGCAGGGCGCCCAAGGCAGCGGGGGCCUCUCCGCCUUGCACAGCAUCCGCGCCUGGUAGGAGGGGGUCGGGCAAGGCCUUGAGCACCGGACUCCGCGGGGGGGGGGGGCGCAGGGACCCCUCGAGGACAUCUGUCGAGAAGAAAGGCCCCUACUUUCCCGCUUCGGACCUUGGGCCUCUCUCCUGUCUGGGGAGUGAGUGCCAGUCUGGCCCCGCUUUAACCGCCCACGGAUUGCGGGACACCGGCACCCACUCAACUGCCGGCCUCGGCCAACUGCGGCUCCCAGGAGUCCAGAGUAACAAGCCGUGGAAGUUAAAGCGGGAUCAAACCCGGCCUUCAGGUUGAAUUGUCGAAGGCUUUCGUUCCCGGAAUCACUGGGGUGUUGUGUGGUUUCUGGGCUGUAUGGCUGUGUUCGAGCAGCAUUUUUUCCUGCCCUUUCGCGUGCACCUGUGGCUGGCAUCUUCAGAGGAUCCGGCCACAGAUGCAGGUGAAUCACGUUGGGAAAUCUGAGCUCUUAGGCUCAAAAGAACCCUCAGUGGGGCGGUUCCACCGAAAAUAUAGCAGAGCACCAGAAGGAAACUUCAUAACCAGCAGAAACUUAUGUGUGGGGUGAGAUAGGAUAAGCUCCUAUUCCUUAGGAUGGCUUAGAAAUUUAGAGUCAGAACUUUGGUUCCAAAAUAUUUAUUGAAGUAGAAAGAAAUUAAUUCUGGAUAGAAAAGGCCUUGGAGCUAACUAGCUAAGUCUCACCUUCUAAAGAGGGUAACAGGUAAAAAUAUCCAUGCAGCUACAUUUGGCCUAGAGAGAGGCAAAAUGUUCUUCCUCACAGGGAGGAUGGAAAAGUAGAGGAGACCCUAAAAAUGGUGGUCAACCCAGGGCAGUUUAAACGGACGGACGAGGAAGGUCCCUUACAGAAAUUACAUGACUAAGUCAUCUAAGGAAGAGACAGUAGUUGGCAGUAAAAAGUAAAGACAAAGCCCUUUGGGAAACGUGCAUAAGAAGGUGGGAGAAGGCACCCCUCAGUUUAGCCAUGUCUCUAGCUUAGCGACUCAUUGGGGACUGGAAACUUGAUGACAGAAGAAACUUGCGCAGCCCAGGGAUUUAUUUAUCGUGUCAGAAGCCAACCGAGGUUACAAGAUGUACUGUAUUUGGAAACACACAGUUUAAAAAACAAAAAUACUUGGCAUUAUACUGAAUGUCCUUUGACCAGUAGCACCUUCCAAGCUGCCCAGUCUUCUGUGUGCCUGGGAGGGAGUCUCUCAUCUGGCGUCAGCCACUGAUUGAGGUUCCUGCGAGUAUCUCUGUAGAUCUUAGGGAUUAAAAGCACACAUUUCGCCUGCAUCUGUGGCUAGCAUCUUCAGAGGAUCCAGCCGUAGAUGCAGGUGAAACGUCAGGAGAAAAUGCUGCCAGAACACGGCCAUACAGGCCGGAAACCACACACCGCCCUGGCCUCGUUCUGCAGUCUUUCCCCGCGUGUUCCUGCGUGUGUGUCUGUGUUUCCAAAAAGGAUUAAAACCACACAAGUCGAGCCCGCUCUAGCCAUCCCACCUGUGGUUCCCUUUCUCUUGUACCCAAAUGCCGGCGGAACUGGGUGUUGCCUCAUUGAAGAGAGUGUCUUCUGACUGCGGGUUGCCUUCGGUUAGGCCUUCUUUCAACCGGAAGUGAGUCUGCCGUGGGUUGAAACGGGCCCAAAAGUGGCAGGUCAGAGAAGAAAGGGACACUUCCGGCGAGCGACCUGUGGUAGACGCGUUGGUGUGAUUUCUUUAACUUUAUGCAUCCAAGCUUAUGUAUGCAGUGUGGAAGUGUGUAUAAUAUGUGUAUAUAUAUGUAUGUAUAUAUGUAAACAUCAGUAUAAAAGGGAAGAAGUCAGAAAACGUGUCAAAACCUUGAUGAUAAAGGAAGAAACCUCCCUUUCGGUA